GGCUUCCGGGGAGACAGUAAUGGGCGGGGCUUCGCAGGAGCGAGGGACGGAUAAAGCGCUCAGUCUGACUCCGGCUCUCUCUCCGUGUGUGUAUGUGUGUUCGUGUGUGCGUGUAUGUAUGUGUGUGUAUGUGUGUGUGUGUUUGUGUACCAGGCUCAGUCACAAUGCUCAGUCUCCGCAUCUCCACACCGCGCUGUCCCUGUCCCCAGUAGACUGAGAUAAUAAAUCCCUGGUCCGGGGCGGGAGCGGUGUGAGACAGAGUGUGUGUGGAGCCGGAGAGAAGAACACACACACACACUCACACUCACACACACACUCAGGGCUCUGGUGGAGGCUCGCUGAUGCUGCGAGGGGGGAAAAAAACGCCAUUGUCCAGGAGAAGAGCGCUGUAGCUAACCGCUAAACCCGCCGCUGAAGGAUGAGUUCACCGCCGCCUCGCGCGCGUUACUCCUCUCUCCUCUUCAUCAUCUUCAUCAUCCAGACCGCCGUUUCAUUCAAUGUGACGUUAAACGGUAACAACAGCAUCGAGAUGACUCUCGAACCCUCGGAUCUGCGGGACAACAUCACCAUGUACGCCGCCAGGAUAUCCGGAGAGCCCCGCACCCACAUCCUGCCCUUCCAGCGGGUCACCGACAGCCCCGUGAACCUCCUUUAUAACAACACCUACCACGGGCUCUGUUACACUGUCAGCCUUCUCGUAGCCAACGGCUCCACGUGGACCAAACCGGUCAAGACUGUGACUCUGCUCACAAAGCCUCUUCCGCUGGAGAGCGUGCAGAUUUCCGACUACCAGCCAGCUCCGGAGACCGGCGUGGUGUUUGAGCUGCGAUCGCCAGAGAGAAACAGCUUCACUCGCGUGAACAUCAGCUACUCCGAGGGAAGCGAGCAGCGCUUCAUGCUCUACAAAGAUUUUCAGAAAGGCAAGACGGUUUUUAAGCACUGGUUGCCCGGGACGUGCUACAGCAACAUCACUUUCCAGCUGAUCUCUGAAGCCAGCGUUAACAAGAACAUUCUGAUCAAAAAGAGUGACGUAAUCCACAAGCCACUUCAUCACAGGACAGUUCCCAACCCUCCUCUCAACGUGUCUCUCAAGAUCGUCCACCUCAACAGACGAGGCUUGCUUGUCACUAACUGGCGCGAAAAGAUGUCCCAUGACACCCGUCUGCCACGAAAGGCACGCGACGUCCCCGUACAACAGGAAGACAAGCAAGAAACUGAUCUUCGAGAAGAUCCGGGACCUAAACAGGAGUCACAAGCGGUUACCCAGGGACCUCUCGCUACCUCUGAGAGCCUGAACAGUAGCACGGCAACGCUAGGGAACGUGGUAACCACGUACACUCCUACUGCCGAAAGUGCCCCUACCAACACCAGCGACGUUUUAGAGAGCGAGAAUUCCACUGCAGCCUAUUGGACGACAGGACGUCCGCCCCCCACGGAAGGGGAGUACGAUUUUGUGAACAGAGCUUCUACGGAGUCUGAAGACUCGAAGGAGUUCGGCUCAGCCAUGGAUCUUAGCACAGAGCCCACUGACGGGCCCGAGAAAGCACCAUCGAUCCAGCUGGAGCUUCACUGGUUGCCUCCACCACCACCCACCACAACCGACGGCUUUAGAGUCUACGUCUACCGAGAUGGUAACGAGCCGAAUAUGGCAGAAGUGGACGAGAACACUUACGAGUUUCUCACAGAGCUGUCGAUUCCUGGGACAUAUCGCAUCCUGGUCACCACCGUCAGCUCGUCAGGAGAGUGCGAGCCCCGAGAGAGCACGCCACAUCCAGAAUUCACCUUCUACCUCAGUCCUACAGGAGAGUGGCUGGAGCAGCCCAAGGAGCGUCCCCAAGCGGUGAGCGUAAAGAUGCUGGGGAAAAGCACGGCCUCUGUGUCCUGGGCUCCGUCCACGCAGAACCACAAUGGCAGCCUGGUCUCUGUGGUGUCUCUAACGUGCCUCAAGCCCAGCCUCAACCAGCGCAUGGAGAGCACCUACUGCUCAGAGGAAAACACCACCAGUGACAUCAUCACUAACCUGACUCCUGGUGCUCAGUACAGAGUGGUGGUUUAUCACACCAACGGACCCCUAAUCAGCCCCCCCUCCGAACCAGUCAUCAUUGAUAUCGAGCCGACGGGCGUGCGAGACCUGGUUGUGUACCCGCUGAGUCCCACGGCGGUUAUUCUGAGCUGGCAGAGGCCGUAUAACGUGGCCUUCCGCAAAUACGUGCUGCAGACCUUUUACUUCAACUCGGCCACGCAGACCGCCCAGUGGACCACGUACUACGAGAUCGCCGCCACCGCUUCUGUCAUCGCAUCUGUGAGAGUGACAGAUCUUUUGCCUGCAUGGUACUACAACUUUCGAGUGACCAUGGUGACCUGGGGUGACCCUCCUCUCAGCUGCUGUGAUGGCUCCACCGUGAGCUUCGUUACUGCUCCCGAGGCGCCUCACAUCUCCUCAGUGGAUUACUCGCAUGGCCUGCUGUAUGUGCGCUGGACCUACGGGGAUCUCUUCACCGAUCUGUCACACUCCAGAAUGCUGCACUGGCAGGUGCUGGCUGAAGGAAAGAAAGGCUCCCGGAGACGCUUCUCGACAGAUGUGACACGCAACGUAAUGAAGGCUGCGAUCGCACUCCCUCCUGGUGACAUCUACAACCUGACGGUCACGGCUUGUACGGAACGCAGCCGCAACACCUCCAUACCGCACAUCCUGAAACUGGGUCCAGCACCUCCCAAGUCCCUGUUCGCGGUCAACGCUACACACUCUGCUGUCACUUUGCUCUGGACUGAGGAGGGCGUGGUGGACUUCUACCAGGUCACCUGCAUGCAGCUCGGGCCCAUCAGACCACACAAGACGGCCGAGCCCCAGACGGCCCACGCCCACGUGCUAACUGUCAACAACCUGCAGGCCUCCACCUCCUACAACUGCAGCGUGACCAGUUACAGCUACAGCACACCCAGCGAGCCCGCCUACAUCACCAUCAGCACCCUGGCUCAGGAGAUGAAUCCCAGCAUAGCUGCUAUCUCAGCGCUGGCGGUGCUCAGUGUGCUACUCAUCAGCCUGCUGGUGCUCUUUCUACUGGUGCUGCGCAAAAAACACAUGCAGAUGACCAGGGAAUGUGGAGCAGAAACCUUCGUCAACUUCGCCUCUUUUGAGCGUGACGGGAAACUUCCCUACAACUGGCGAAGGAGCCUCUUUGCCUUCCUUACUCUUCUGCCAUCCUGCCUUUGGACUGACUAUCUUUUGGCUUUUUAUAUUAAUCCAUGGAGCAAGACUGCUUUAAAGAAAAGGAAGCUAACAAGCCCAGUGCAGUUGGAUGACUUCGAGGUCUACAUCAAAGACAUGAGCAAAGACUCUGCGUACAAGUUCUCCCUGCAGUUUGAAGAGCUGAAGAGCGUCGGCCUGGACCUUUCCCACGAUGCCGCGGAUCUGCCGGUGAACAGACCCAAGAACCGCUACACCAACAUCUUACCCUACGACUUCAGCCGCGUGAAGCUGAUCUCUAUGCACAACGACGAAGGCUCUGACUACAUUAACGCUAACUACAUUCCAGGCUACAAGUCGCCUCGUGAGUACAUCGCCACACAGGGGCCGCUCCCGGAGACGCGCAACGAUUUCUGGAAGAUGGUGAUGCAGCAGAACUCGCACGUCAUCGUCAUGCUGACUCAGUGCAACGAGCGGCGCAGGGUGAAGUGUGAUCAUUACUGGCCGUUUACAGACGAGCCGGUUGCCUACGGCGAGAUCACGGUAGAGAUGCUGUCUGAAAGCGAGUCUCCUGAAUGGACCAUCAGGAAUUUCCGCCUCAGCUAUGCAGACGAGGUGCAGGACGUACUGCAUUUUAACUACACGUCUUGGCCUGAUCACGGCGUGCCCACGGUCAACGCCAUCGAGAGCAUCCUGCAGUUUGUGCAGUUAGUGCGCCAGCAGGUUAACAGGACCAAAGGACCAGUUACGGUUCACUGCAGUGCUGGUGUGGGUCGCACAGGCACGUUUAUCGCCCUGGACCGGCUGAUGCAGCAUCUCCGGGAGCACGAGUACGCUGAUAUACUGGGCAUGGUAUCAGAGAUGCGCUCACAUCGACUGUCUAUGGUGCAAACAGAGGAACAGUACGUCUUCAUACAUCAGUGCGUCCUUCUCAUGUGGAAAAAGAAAAAACAGCAGAGUCUCACCAGCGACGUCAUCUACGAGAACGUCACCAAGUCUUAACGGCAGCCGGGACACGCGCACGCAAAGCUCUACUGACGCCCUGCACUCUCCUUUGCUUCAGGCAUUUAUUCUCUGCGGAAAGGCCUACCACGUAAACAACGAAACAAAUAAAGACUGCAGCAGAGGAGUCGCAGAAACCACCCAAGCUUUGACAUUCUAUUGUCCCAACCGACGAAGGCACAACAGGACAUAAACGACAUGCCUUAAGGAAUCCGACGACGAUGACGACGUCCAGGCUGCUUCCUUCGAGUUAGCAGCGUGUUCGUUUGUUUGUUUGUGGUGAGAGUGUUUAAACGGACAUUUAGCAUUUAGUUUUAUUCUCAGGAUCGUCCGCAACCACCAACCCCGUCUGCCGAGGAGGUCUACGCUUCGUCUCCGAGGACGUCAGGGCACCGUUAUUUGUAAGACUGGUGUUUUUUUUUUUCCUUCCAUGUACGUUCAUAGUAUUAGUUUUCAUCGCCUUGGAUCCUGAAGCUGCAUCAGACUCUUUAAGUGUCACACUGCCACUCCCUCCCUGAAAAAGACACUUCAGUACAAUUGUGUGUGUGUGUGUGUGUGUGAGAGAGCGUUCCUUACUGCUGUACUACUCUCGAUAAGCUAUUCUGCGGUACGACUACUAGAACCCGGUCUAGACGUGCCGCUCGGUUCUGUAUCAUUUGCACUGAUUAUGUAUCUCGCGAAAUACACGUAUGUUUUACGUCACCGCGCCCCCCCGUCUGUUCUUAUCGCCUUCACCGCCUGCUGGAUGAACGGUAUCGCCGGUUCUUAAAGCAGACGAACCGGGUCUAAGCGUGGUGCGGCGGAACCUGCUGCGUCUGAGCGCUCAUAACAUUCGGACAGAUGUGGCGCUGGAAUGGACACAUCAUCUUUCGGUCUGUAAGGAAACCUGGCUGAGACUGUAGCCAAGACUACAAGAUGAAAAAAAACACAAAUGAAUGCUUAAAAUAAAAAAAAAAAAAGUCUUUCGAGUUCAGCUCGCUUGGGUCCAACCAAACAUAUCCUGUCAUGUAGAGAUCUGUAGGACGUAAUAUUUGUUUUUUUUUUAAACUGUUUAUUUUUUACAGCGAAGCUGGCAAAGCUGGUCGAGUUCCUGUGUUUGUGCUUACGUAUGGAAAAAAAGCAGUAUUGGCAGAAAAAAAAUGGAAUUCCAUACAUCUUCCUAUCAUGAUUUCAUCAGCUGUAUUGCACAUUGCCAUGUAUGUAAAUGAUGAUGAUGAAGGACGUCUGCUCAAGCGGUACUCACAGUGUUCACUACACAAGUUCAUAAUAAUAAUAAUGAAAAAAUAAUGAUAAUAAAACAAGGAAUAUCUCCGCUAUAAAGCUGCACUAUAUACAGUAAGAUCAUUCGAAAUAAAUGAUAUCCGGCUUAGAAGCCUUAAAGACACGUCUCUCAAUUCAUAUUAAAUUGAAACGGAUCAAAAUCCGAGACUCUGGACUAUUUCUCGUUUUUAAAAGACAGGCUUACAGAGACCCAAGACCUUCAGACGGUCCUCAUGUCACUUAAAAAAAAAAAAAAAAAACAUUUUCUUUCACCUGGUGUACAGUACGUCCAGCUGUAUCCAGUUUGUCUUCGGUGCCAUUUCUUUUGUGCAAUGCAUCACUUUAAGCCUGAGAUCGCUCACUUGUCAUCCUCUUAGUUUCACUCUGUGUGUGUUUAUUGGAAACAA